UUGUGCCAAGUAGGUGGGACGCAGGGGAACGCGGCUGUGUAGAAAUCCCUUGCUUUCUCACCUUUGAACAGUCUUUUACCGGACUUUGUUUUCACUUUAUCCCCGCCCACGAAGGGGCAGGUGCCUUCACUGUCUUCCUUGGAAGAACGAGACAGCUGCCUCCAGCAGAGGCCUGGAAGUCCCAGACGGCGCCUGAGCUGACCUUGAGCAAGCCUUGAGCCCCCCACCCCUAGCACGGGGGACAGCAGCGGGGCAGAGGCGCCGAGCGAGGUAAACAGGUGGUUUCUAAAAGGAAGGCGUUUCUGGUGAGAUGCCGUUGGGGAAACGACGGGUGUCUACUUAAGCAAGCAAGAAAUAACGGAGACUCGUGCCUCAGUAACUGCUUUUCUGGCUUGGGCUCUGCGGUGUCCUCAGAUGCCCACACUGAGGCUUCCCGGGGAGAAGUCAGAACUGCUACGGUUGCUAUUGUACAGGCGAUUAAACUGGUGCUCCAGAAGGGAAAACAAAAGCCCUUUCUCCCGAUUCACUGGGAAACACCGCCCAGCACUGACUCUGUGCUGAACCUCCCAUAGUCUAGGAGCUAACGUCCUUCAACAACCAAGUACCUGCCUUUGCCCCCGGACUAAGAAGAGCAUGUGAGAAGCACCUUGUGUUAGGACUGGGAGUCUCUGCAGGGAUCUUGCCAUCUGGUUGCAUGAGAGGAGAAUCCAUUCUGAUGCUCGGAUAAAACGGCAGCUGCAAAACUGGCAGUGACCUGGGGGCCAAGAACAGAGGUCAGCAAACUGUGGCAUUUGGACGGCAAAGCCUAAGAUAUUUGUCAUCUGACCCCUUACAGGAAAAGCUUUCCGAGUCCCGUCACAGAACAUAACAUGGGGAUCAUGGGAGAUCACCUUGACCUUGUCUUAGGAGUGGUGCUCAUGGCCAGUCCGGUGCUUGGAAUUGCUCCCUGCUCCUCUGACGGUCGGAUUGCCUUGUAUCGCUCCUGCAACCUCACCCAGGUGCCCCAGGUGCCCAACACCACUGAGAACCUCCUGCUAAGCUCCAACUACAUCGAGAACGUCACAGCCUCCUCCUUCCCCUUCCUGGAGCAGCUGCGCCUGCUGGAGCUUGGGGCCCAGAAGACCUCCUUCUCCAUUCACAAAGAAGCCUUCAGAAACCUGCCCAAUCUUAGGGUCUUGGACUUGGGCGACAGUCGGCUAGACUUCUUGCACCCAGAGGCCUUCCAGGGGCUGCCCCAUCUGUUCGAACUCAGGCUUUUUCACUGUGAUCUGUCCGACGCGGUAUUAAAAGAUGGUUAUUUCAAAAACUUAGCGUCUUUGUCUCACCUGGACCUGUCCAAAAAUCAGAUUCACAGCCUUUCCCUCCAUCCUUCAUUCCGGGAACUAAAUUCCUUGGAGUCCAUCGACUUUUCCCUCAAUGAAGUACCCACGCUGUGUGAGCACGAACUCCAGCCACUCCACGGGAAAACACUCUCCUCCUUGAAGCUUGCUUCCACUCACGUGUACAGCAAGGUCUCGGUGGACUGGGGCAGGUGCACGAACCCAUUCCGAAACAUGGUCCUAGACACCCUCGAUGUCUCGGGCAAUGGCUGGACCGUGGGCAUCGUCAGCAACUUCAGCCACGCCAUCCGUGGCAGCCAGAUUGCCAACCUGGUGCUUGCCCACCACAUUAUGGGGCCUGGGUUUGGCUUCCGUAACAUCAAAGACCCCGACCGGAGCACGUUCACCGGCCUGGCCAGGAGCUCAGUGAGAGGCCUGGACCUCUCACAUGGAUACAUCUUCUCCCUGAACUCCCGGCUCUUGGAGACCCUCAUGGAGCUGAAGCUUCUGAACCUUGCCCACAACAAGAUAAACCACAUUGCAGAUGGGGCGUUUUAUGGGCUCAGCAGCCUCCAAGUUCUCAACAUGUCUUAUAACCUUCUGGGGGAACUGUACGAUUCUAACUUCCACGGGCUCCCAAGCGUCACCUACAUUGACCUGCAGAAGAAUCACAUCGGGAUCAUUCAGGACGAUACAUUCACAGCCCUGAAAAGCUUACAGACCUUGGACCUCCGGGAUAAUGCUCUGAAGACGACUAGUUCCAUCCCAAGCAUCUCUACGAUCUUCCUGGGUGGCAACAAACUGGCGACUUUCCGAGACACCAGCCUCACCACCGACUACAUCCAGCUAUCUGACAACAGGCUGGAGAAUCUGGACGAUCUCUACUUCCUGCUCCAGGUCCCUCGGCUCCGGACUCUCAUUGUGAAUCAAAACCGGCUUUCCCGUUGUGCCCAAACCCGUGCGCCUUCGGAGAGCCCCAGCCUCGAACAGCUUCUCCUGGGAGGAAAUAUGUUGCAGCUUGCCUGGGAGACCGGGUCCUGUUGGGAUGUGUUCAAGGGGCUUUCCCGUCUCCAGGUCCUGUUCUUGAAUGAAAACUACCUGACUUUCCUUCCGCCGGGAGUGUUUCGCCAUCUGGUUGCGUUAAGGGGGCUCAGCCUCAGCUUCAACAGGCUGAGUGUGCUUUCUCCUGGCGACCUGCCCCCUAAUUUAGAGAAGCUGGACGUGUCCCAGAACCAGCUCCUCACUCCCGAUCCUACUGUAUUAGCCUCGCUUAGUGCCGUGGACCUAAGCCACAACAAGUUCAUCUGUGAGUGUGAACUUAGCGCCUUCAUCAGGUGGCUCAACCAAACCGACGUCGCCAUAUUUGGGUCUCACGCAGACAUGUACUGCACGUACCCCGACUUGCUGUCUGGGACGCCUCUCCACUCUCUGUCCACAGAGGGCUGUGAUGAGGAGGAAAGCAUGCAGUCCCUAAAGUUCUCCCUUUUCAUCUUAUUCACCGUCACUUCGACGCUGUUCCUCGUGACCGUCGUCGUCAUCACGAGGUUCCGGGGCGCUUGUUUCUCCUGUUACGAGACGGCCCAGAGACGGGUGUUCAGGGACCAGGGCAGCACGAGAGAGUCCGACAGGUACAGAUACGAUGCCUACUUGUGCUUCAGCGGCAAAGACUUCGAGUGGGUGCAGAACGCUCUGCUGAAACACCUGGACGCCCAGUACAGCGACCGAAACAGAUUGCACCUGUGCUUUGAAGAAAGAGACUUCACGCCAGGGGAAGACCACGUGGCCAACAUCCACGACGCCGUGUGGAGCAGCAGGAAGACUGUCUGCCUUGUGAGCAGACACUUCCUUAGAGAUGGCUGGUGCCUGGAGGCCUUUAGCUACGCCCAGAGCAGGGGCCUUGCUGCCCGCGACAGCGCCCUCAUCAUGGUGGUGGUCGGGUCCUUGUCUCAGUACCAGCUGAUGAGACAUGAGUCCAUCAGAAGCUUUGUGCAGAAACGGCAGUACCUGCGGUGGCCGGAGGAUCUCCAGGACGUUGGCUGGUUUCUUAACAAACUCUCUCAACACAUACUAAAAAAGGGAAAGGAGAAGAAGAAAGACAGUAGUAGCAUUCCGUUGCAAGUUGUAGCAACCAACUAACUCCCAGUCAAAGGAGUUGUUUUUGACUGAUCUCAAGCCACAGAUAACUCUCCCCCGCUUAGUGGCACAUUUGGGGGGUCCUUUUUGAAGUUUCUUUUCCCUACUAUGAAAAAAAACAUAAGGCUCUUGAUUUGCAUAGCAACGCUCCAUGGGUUUUCUCUCAGAGUCAGUAAUGCCGUUCUCUCCCAGUGCAUCAGCUGCAGAAUAUCUCCCGGUCAUGGGAAGGUGUGCUUUCCCACAGAGGACAGGCACCCAGUGUCCAGCGUCCAGUUCCAGAAGGUGCUGGCCAGUGACCCCGAGCCCUCUGAGCUCUGCAGGACAACACUAGUAGAAAACAAACAGAAAAAGAGGCACGUUUCCUACUUGCGCUGUGGGAAAAGUGUCCUUGCUGGGUCAAGGUCAUGCUCAGUCUCAGGGAUGAGAGGUGGCACCAAAGAAGCUGGGAUGAGAACAACCAGAUCUCUUCCUGUGCUCACCUUUGGCUCCUCCCCAUGGAACCCUCGUGGGCCAUGAACCUUCUCUUUGGCAGGUAACCCUUCAUUCAGCCCCGCACUGAAGACUUUCCAUGGUUCGGCACCAGCCUACCUCAGCUUUCUUUCUUUGUUUUUUUUUAUCAUUUAUCAGCCCCUCAGGCUCUUGCAGAAAGGACUGAGCCUUGGGACCCAGAUCCUGGUUUGAGUUCUGAAGCUGCCGCUCAUUCUCUCGAUGACCUUGGGCACGUGGCACGCCCCUGACGGGCCUCAGGGUGUUCACCUGUCGGCACGGCUGUACCUGCCUCAUCGAGUUGCCGUGAAGAUCGGAUGCGCAGAGGAUGCUGGGGCUUCUCAGGCCUUGUCCUGAGCUGCCCCGGGGGCCACAGGAGGGUGCAAACACGCAGGGGCCUCCAGGACAGAGUCAGAAUUCCUUGGAGGUUGUAUCUGUUUGGUCCUAAAAGAAAC